UCUCACGUUACCUGAAGCGUAUGAUCGUUAACGGAGAUUCAUGGCCUGAUCACUUCAUCGAAGACGUAGACGUGUUCAACACGAAUCCAGAUGUCGAGUUUUAUUCUCAGAUCACUAGAUUCGUGAUCGUUAAAACACGAAAAGAGGCUUGUGGUAGAACCGAUGGAUGUGAAUCGGGUUGCUGGAGGAUCAUUGGUCGUGAUAAACUGAUAAAAUCGAAGGAGACUGGGAAGAUUCUAGGGUUCAAGAAGAUUCUCAAGUUCUGCAAGAAGACGAAACCUAGAGAAUACAAGAGAAGUUGGGUAAUGGAAGAGUAUAGACUUACCAAUAACUUGAACUCGAAGCAAGAUUAUGUGAUUUGCAAGAUUCGGUUUCUGUUCGAAGCUGAGAUCAGUUUCUUGCUUGCCAAGCAUUUCUCGUAUCUCUCCACUAGGUCACCGCGUCCUGCAAAUCAAUUGUUGCCAGCUUAUGGAGUGUGUUUAUUCGAUACAGAAGCAGAGGGUGCAUUUUAUCUGCAGACGAUAAUCAAUUACGAUGGAAACACUUGGCCUAGCUACGUUACGAACAAUGUAUACCGUUUGCAUCCAUUGACGCUUGUAGAUCCUGAAGAUGACAAGUUUAAAGAGUUCGGAACGUGUAUCUUUGCUAACCGGACAAAGGCUUGUGGUAAAACCGAUGAAUGUGAUGGUGGUGGUUACUGGACGAUCGUAGAAGGUCAUAGAGGUAUCAAGUCAAAAACAGGGGAGAUUCUUGGUUACAGUAGGGUUUUUCAGUUGUCGGAAAAUGAGGAACCAAUAACUGUUUGUGAAGGAGAAGAUGUGAAGGAAGUUGCUUGGAUUAUAGAAGAGUAUAGGCUUGACGAAAAGAAGAAGAAGGAUAAAGUGUUGUGCGUUAUCAAGAAGAUCUUAAUCCCACUAAGCCCAAGGUAACAAGGAGAGACUUUUACUCUGGAUAUCAUAAUUAUCUAACGCAACAUACUAGAUAGUAACUGAUCAUGGAUUCAUGAGUCUUUGUGUUCUUUUUUUGUUUUCAACAAUAUGGUUUCUUAGUUUUUCUAUUCAAUUUGGUUUAGAGACUACUUCUAAUAUGCUUAUUUUGUUCUCAUCCCAUGGUUUGUGGUUGUGAGAGGUGAAGUUUGUGGUUAAACACAAAAUAACGCUAAUCGAAUAUAACAAUGAAAUUAGC